AUGGCUCAAACCAUCGCCGAUGUAACUGCGACUAUUAAAGCAGCACUACCCAAGCUUUCGCCUACCGACAAUAUCCCAGACUCAGCACGAUUCGAACUUCUCGAUGUGUUGGACCAACUGCGUGCGGCCGUAGAGCCCCCUAUCCAGACAGUGCUGAACAUUUGCUGGGCGCAUCAUCCUCUAGUCGCAAUCCGCACUGCUAUUGGAAUGGGAGUCUUUGAUGCGUUCGCCGCUACCGGCGGUGUUGAGUUGUCUCUUGAGCAGUUGAAUGAAAAGACCAAGGGCGACAAGGAUCUGCUGGUCAGAAUUAUGCGCCUCCUCAUUGCUAAUCGCCUGUUCACCGAACCCGGUGUCGAAAAGUAUAAGCCCCAGCCUUUGGCUUUGGCGUUCGCCACAGGCGCUCCGCCUAGCGAGGUUAUCAAGAACUUCCAUGUCAACUUCCGUGCCUCUGCAUUUACGCAUGACUUCCUCGAAGCCCGAGGAUACCGCAGCCCAGAUGACGCCUACGAUACUCCUUUCCAGCUAGCGUACGGGACCACCCUGCACCACUUCGAAUGGCUCGCACAGGACCCGGCCGAGCAGCAUGCUUUCAACACAGUGAUGGAGAGCAGCAAUCGCGCAGUGGAGGGCGCUCAGUGGUAUGAUUUCUACCCGUGGCAAGAGCGGCUGUCACUGGCCACCGGUGACAAUGUGGAGGAAGAUCGCGUACUCCUGGUUGACAUUGGUGGCGGCAAGGGUCACGAUUUGCAAGCCUUCAAAAAGAGGACAAACCCCACUGGCCGCCUGGUGCUUCAGGACCUCCCUGGGGUUAUUCAGGACAUCAAGGAGCCUCUUCCAGACGGUGUUGAAGCUGUUAGCUACAGCAUGUUCGAUGCGCAGCCUGUGCGUGGCGCCAAGGCUUACUAUAUGCGGACGGUGCUACAUGACUGGCCGGAUAAGCAGGCCUUAGAGGUGCUGCAACGUGUUCGGGAGGCAAUGGCUGACGAUUCUGUGCUGCUGAUCAAUGAGAAUACUGUUCCCGAAACAGGGGUACCGCGGUUCAAUACCAGCGUCGAUCUCAUAAUGAUGAAUAUGUUUUCUUCACUGGAGCGCACGGAUAAGCAGUGGCUGAGUCUUUUGGAGCGUGCCGGAUUCAAGGUCGUCAAAGUGUGGCGCUCGGACGAUCAGGGAACGGGGUCCAAUGCUCUGUUUGAGGCCGUUCGUGUUUAG